AUGCAGGGCGCCAGUGACUCCCCCAGCAGCUCUCCAACAGCAGCAGCAGCAGCAGCAGCAACAGCAAUAGCAAGAGCAGCAGCAGCUACGCCCGACAGGGUGUAUCCAGGGGCAGCAGCAGAGCCUUCAGCCUCAAGCCCCACUGAGCUAGGAGCAGCAGGAGCAGAAACAGCAGCAGCAGCAGCAGGUGGCGGACUGCCGCUCUCCCCCGGCUGCGCCGACGCGUCCCCAAAAGCAGCAGCAGCAGCAGCAGCAGCAGAGUGGCUGGGCCGUUUGCUGCCGCCGCCUUCGCAGCCGCCUGCUGCUGUUGCUGCUUGUCUUUGCUGCCACGUGCGGCAGCUGCAGUUCAUAUUUGCUGCUGCCCCCAGGGCCAUUCAUUUCGCCCUUUGGGGCAGAAGAGUGCAGCUGCUGUGGCUGCAGGGCUUCGUGACCAAGUCCGCUGCUGCUGCUGCUGCUGCUGCUGCAGCGGUGGCUGGGAGUGCAUCUGUGGCUGCUGCUGUCGCUGUGGCUGCAGCAGCAGCUGCUGCUGCUGGUGCUGCUGCUGCUAUGGCUGUUGCUGCUGCUGCUGGCGUUGCUGCUGCUGCUGCUGCUGCACUUGAAGGGCGUGUGGGAUCGUCUUCAAUCCUCGUGGGAUCGUGUGGGGUCGUGUUGGGAUCGUGUUUAUUCUCCUGA